CGGGAGCGGAGAGCGGACCCCAGAGAGCCCUGAGAGCCCCACCGCUGCCGCCGGCCUAGUCACCAUCAAACCCCGGGAGGAGCCGCAGCCGUCGCCUCCGGCCCCAGUCACCACCACCGCAACCAUGAGCAGCAAGGCCGAGACCCAGCAGCCGCCCGCCGCCCCCGCCGCCGCCCUCAGCGCCGCGGACACCAAGCCCGGCUCCACGGGCAGCGGCACGGGGAGUGGCGGCCCGGGCGGCCUCACAUCGGCGGCGCCCGCCGGCGGGGACAAGAAGGUCAUCGCAACGAAGGUUUUGGGAACAGUAAAAUGGUUCAAUGUAAGGAACGGAUACGGUUUCAUCAACAGGAAUGACACCAAGGAAGACGUAUUUGUACACCAGACUGCCAUAGAGAAGAAUAACCCCAGGAAGCACCUUCGCAGUGUAGGAGAUGGAGAGACUGUGGAGUUUGAUGUUGUUGAAGGAGAAAAGGGUGCGGAGGCAGCAAAUGUUACAGGCCCUGGUGGAGUUCCAGUUCAAGGCAGGAAAUACGCAGCAGACCGUAACCAUUAUAGACGCUAUCCACGUCAUAGGGGUCCUCCACGCAAUUACCAGCAAAAUUACCAGAACAGUGAGAGUGGGGAAAAGAACGAGGGAUCGGAAAGCGCUCCUGAAGGCCAAGCCCAACAACGCCGGCCCUAUCGCAGGCGAAGGUUCCCACCUUACUACUUGAGGAGACCCUAUGGGCGUCGACCACAGUACUCCAGCCCUCCUGUGCAAGAAGUGAUGGAGGGUGCUGACAACCAAGGUGCAGGAGAGCAAGGUAGACCAGUGAGACAGAAUAUGUAUCGGGGUUACAGACCACGAUUCCGCAGGGGCCCUCCUCGCCAAAGACAGCCUAGAGAGGAUGGCAAUGAAGAGGACAAGGAAAAUCAAGGAGACGAGACCCAAGGUCAGCAGCCACCUCAGCGUCGGUACCGCCGCAACUUCAAUUACCGACGCAGACGCCCAGAGCACCCUAAACCACAAGAUGGCAAAGAGACAAAAGCAGCCGAUCCACCAGCUGAGAAUUCGUCUGCUCCCGAGGCUGAGCAGGGCGGGGCUGAGUAAAUGCCGGCUUACCAUCUCUACCAUCAUCCGGUUUGGUCAUCCAACAAGAAGAAAUGAUAUGAAAUUCCAGCAAUAAGAAAUGAACAAAAAUUGGAGCUGAAGACCUUAAGUGCUUGCUUUUUGCCCGUUGACCAGAUACAUUAGAACUAUCUGCAUUAUCUA